AUGGCCAGUCUACUUUCGCUUCCUAAUGAAGUCUCUCUCCUUAUCCUUAAACAAUGUCUUGAGAGCAUUUUAAAAAGUGAAUCGCUUAGUCAGUCAGUGCGGGAGGUUGAAAUCUGCACCAGCUAUCUGCUACCGCUCGAUGAGGUGGAGGAGAUUGAGCUACCGUAUUGUGAGUAUGAAAGCAUGAUGAAAAGCCUAAAGGGCAAGGUUAUUCCGGAUUCCUUGGUCGAACACGGCAUAGACUAUGACGAUUGGUACAAAAAGUGGCACAUUAACAAUGCAGAGGUCGAAUCAAGUGAUGAGGAGGAACGGGACGACGAAAGUGGCAGCCUUACAAGAAAUCGACUGGAGCAACUCAAUAUGAGAGAGUACCAGAGACAUCUAUAUGAUCAGGCAGAUAUGAUGCGGACCGGUUAUGACGUUGUUUUUACCGCCAUAGCAGCUAGUGGGAUUUCGGUCGAGCUCCUAAACAUCGAACCUAACUCGAUGCUUAUGGAAGCAAAUCGGAUUAACCCAUUCAUGCUUAUGGGCCCAUCGUCUGCUAUCUUAUCCAAGUCUUCCCCUGCCAGUCUGCGCCAACUCCGGAUCUCACUCGAUCCAGAGUCUCCUCUAGACGACACGACUGCAGGCAGGAAGUGGGGACCUGAUCUAAUUCGGUUUAUGUAUCUUUUACCGAAGCUUUCUGAUCUCGAGCUUAACUUCCAGCCUCGGGAUAAGGCAGGACGAUUCUCCGAGAUCGCCAAAGAGCUUUAUAUUCCCACACUGAAGAGGAUAAGUCUUAUCUGUAUUGAUACUGCGGCAGAAGACUUAGCAAUCUUGCUAAUGCGGCAUUACCGAACGCUUGAAACAGUGGAUCUAGAUAACAUCCAGCUUAGUGGGGCUCUGACAUCCUGGCGCUGGCUUAUUGAGAUUGUUUGGAGUAGUCUAAAUCUUGAGAGGCUGUGCAUUACGUCGAGCCAGGCCGAGAGGGAAGCUGAGAAUAGUGUUAGUAAGGCAGAACUUGAUGAUAUUGAAGUGGUUGGCAACGAUAGUCUUACUGCAGCUAUAAAUAUGUUAAUUAGUAAGUAG